AAGACAUAUAUUAAAGCUCAGAAUAAACUUCCUUAUUCAUAUUUCGAAUAUGGAGAUGAAGAAUAUGAUGUUGCAGAUGAGGAAACCAAGCAAUUAUGUAUCGAUAUGCAAGAGAAAUUUAAUACAAUGCAAAAUAUUUUAAAUGAUACAAAUAUAACACAAAAUGAAAUAGAAAGAUUUGAAAGCUUUAU